AUGACCCUUCCUAUCCUUACAGUGAUUGGUGCCCUUGGCAACCAGGGGCGAGGUGUCGUUUCCGCCUUUCUCGGAGACAAAGCACAGUUAAAAGUGCACAUCAGAGCCUUGACUUCGAACCCAUCCUCUGAAUCAGCUCAAGAACUGGCCAAAAACCACAAUGUCUCUGUUGUCCAGGUCGACUUGGCCUCUACCGAAAGCAUCGAAUCCGCGCUUCAAGGCUCCUCAUAUAUCUUUGCCAACACCGUCUUCGACCCAGCAACGUUCAUGGCACAAGGAGCAAAGGCAACAGAAGAGCGCGAGAGUGCCCAGAUACAGAAAAUCACUCUUGCAGCGUCAAAAGUCGCCACACUGAAGCACCUUGUGUGGUCUACUCUACCAGAUGCGAAGGCAGCGUCCGCCGGCAAGUAUCACAUCCCUCACUUUCAGAGCAAGGUUACAGCAGACAAAAUCGUCUUGGACGCCGGGAGUGGACUAAGUGAUAAGACCACAUUUCUUCGUAUUGGAGUGUAUGGAUCCAACUUUCUCAGAAUUCCGCAUCGCCCUGUUUACUCUUCCGAUACGAACACACAUCUAGUACAGUAUCCAGUGGGUCCAGAUGUAAAAUUCGCAUUCAUUGGUGACGAGGUUAUCAACACCGGCAUUUACGUCAGAGCGAUUCUGGAACAACCCCAGAAAACCAUCGGCCGGGUUAUCGUGGGAGUCGCUGACUACCUCUCGUGCACCGAGUGGGCAGCCAUAUUCCAGAAGGUGCAAGACAAGCUUGGCUCGUGUAGUAAAGUCACGUUCAAGGAGUGUUCUCUAGCGGAAUACGAGGAGAAAUGGGGCGCUAUCGGAACUGAAGUUGGUCUCAUGAUGGCUUAUUUUAACGAAUUUGGCGAGAAAAGCUUCAGCACGAGUACAUGGGGCUGGCCAGUCGUAACAGCUGGGGAUCUCGGGAUUGAGCAUGAGUUGCGCAGCACUGAGGAAACACUGCUGGACUUGGAGUGGCCAGCCCAGGAUUAG